GCCCAUGACCACGCCCGCGAGGGCCCGAGGAGUUUUUGCUCUUGGUGGCUUUUUAUGCUGCCAGAUGCUGCAGUGGACUUCGUACUGAAGCCUCCGGGAGGCGGGGGAUGGAUGCGGAUUUAUCGGCUAUUACAGUUUAUUUCACUAACGCCAGGAGCUCCGCCGUCACCGUUCCGUGUCUCGCCAUGAACAAAGAUCCCUCGAGGGGAGAAGACGUCUUAGGAGCGGCGACUGCCGUGGCGCGACUCAGGGAGCCGGCAGGACAAAUACAAAUGAAUUGUGAUGGAAACUUUGAAAAUGUAGAGCUAGGUGUCAUAGGGAAAAAAAAGAAAAUUCCAAGACGGAUCAUUCACUUUGUCAGUGGUGAAACCAUGGAAGAAUAUAGCACUGAUGAAGAUGAAAAUGAUGGUAAAGAGCAAAGAGAUCUUUUAUCUACUAUUGAUCCGGUAGAGGAGGAGAGAUUGAAGCUGGAAGAAAGAAAAGGGAUGAUGGAUGGCUCAGGGUCUUGAAGGAGAACAUAUAAGCUGGGACUCAGAGCCAGAGAGGAUAAGAGGACUGGAGGCAAGAGCUCAACCUCUUGGAGCUAAGAAGAGCCAGAUUCGUUCAUCCCACCUUGAUGGCAGGGCUCUCCUCCUUAGCUUCUCCACUGAAACCAAGACUCCAGAAGGCCUUUAAGAAAGCUAGCCCAGACCCCAGGAAAGUAGACAAGAUUGUGAAGGAGAUAAUAAAGGAUUUGGAUUUAA